AUGGUUGAAUUUCAGAUUUCAAGCUCCCUGUUUAAGAUUGUUAUGUUUCCAAGGAGAGCAUCUCCUGAUUCCCAAAUAACAUGGAUAGAGAACAUGACAGAAGUGACAGAGUUCAUCCUACUAGGACUCACCAGUGCCCCAGGACUACAGGUGGCCCUCUUUAUCAUGAUCACCCUCAUCUACCUCAUCAGUGUGUCUGGGAACCUUGGGAUGAUUGUUCUCAUUCUCACUGAUUCUCGUCUCCACACUCCCAUGUACUUUUUACUUGGUAGCUUGUCUCUGGCAGAUUUUGGCUACUCUUCUGCUGUCACUCCCACAGCCUUGGCUGGGCUCCUUGUAGGAGACAAGGUCAUCUCCUACAAUGCCUGUGCUGCUCAGAUGUUCAUUUUUAUAGCCUUUGCCACUGUGGAAAAUUUCCUCUUGGCAUCCAUGGCUUAUGACCGUUUCACAGCUGUGUGCAAACCCCUACAUUACUCUACCACCAUGACUACAGGUGUGUGUGCCUGUCUGGUCAUAGGCUGCUAUGUCUGUGGUUUCCUGAAUGCCUGCAUCCAUGUUGGAGAAGUAUUCAGUCUCUCCUUCUGUCAGUCCAAUGUGGUCCAUCACUUUUUCUGUGAUGUUCCAGCAAUGAUGGCUCUCACUUGCUCUGAUAGGCAAGUCAAUGAGCUGGUUCUUUUUUAUGUAGCCAGCUUGAAUAUCUCUUUUGCUCUUUUGGUUAUCUUCGUAUCCUACCUAUUCAUAUUUAUCACCAUCCUAAAGAUGCGCUCAGCUACAGGAUACCAGAAAGCUCUGUCCACCUGUGCCUCCCACCUCACUGCAGUCUCCAUUUUCUAUGGGACUCUAAUCUUCAUGUACUUACAGCCCAGCUCCAGUCACUCCAUGGACACAGACAAAUUUGCCGCUGUGUUCUACACCAUGGUCAUCCCCAUGCUGAACCCUGUGGUCUACAGCCUGAGGAACAAGGAGGUCAAGAGCGCAUUCAAAAAGAUAGUUUUACAAGGAAAGUGUUUCUAA